AUCCAACUUGGGAACAAGAAGGGCGCUCCCGCUGGAAUGUUAUCACCGGUCCCCAAGCCUGCCGUCGUCUUGAGCUUGCAGCUCGCAUCAUUGUCAAAGAUGAUUGCUCUAUCAGGAUCGCUCAUACUGCUCGGCAUAGGUUUUACCGUACUGUUCCGGACUAUAUAUGUUUCGUUCACAUCACCACUGAAGGACGUACCAGGUCCUUGGAUCAGCCGCUAUACCAACCUACAGCUGAAGUUCGCUGUCACAGGAGGGCGCCGUAUCUUUUACAUCGAUGACCUACACAAGAGAUAUGGCCCAAUAGUGCGCAUCUCACCAACAGAGGUUGCCGUGGCAGACCCAGCCGCUUUCAAGCAAAUCCAUGCCGUAUCAUCCAAGUUCGUAAAAGACAUCUGGUACGAGAAGCUGACCAACUUCCCUCGUCUGAGCGUCUUUACCAUGCGCAACCCUCGCGAACACGGUCAGCGUAGAAAGCUUUUCGCUCGUGGAUUCAGCAAGUCGUACCUUCGAGAGCACUGGGAGCCUACCGUUCGCGAGAAGACGUUGCUUGCUGUCGAGAAGAUCAAGGUUGAUGCCCAGACUGGUGUUGCGGAUCUGCUCAAGUGGUGGACGUUCAUGGCUACGGAUAUUGUCGGCGUCCUUGGUUUUGGCGAGUCGUUCGGUAUGCUCGAGCUUGGAAAGAAAACCGAGUAUAUCCGAGUGCUUGAAGCUGCUCUUAUCGGCAACGGUAUUGGUGCCGAAAUGCCAUGGCUCCGUGCGAUUGGAAGCCGCAUACCCUUCAAGCCACUCAAAGAGGCCUUCAACUCCAGCGCUUACAUCCUUGGGUACGGCACUAGAGCUGUAGAGAACGCCCGCAAGGGUGGUCAAGACUCGAAUCUUAUGGCGACCAUCAUGGCCGAGGCCGAAAAGGGCGAAGCACACGUCGAUGACAUGGACGUUCGAACCGAAUCAACCUCGCUGAUCUUCGCCGGCUCAGGCACAACCGCUAAUACCAUGACAUUCCUUUCAUGGGCAGUCGUAUCUCGACCUCAACUCCGCGCAGCUCUGGAAGAGGAAGUCGCUAAACUGGGUGACAAGUUCACCGACGCUGAUCUCGAACAGCUGCCUAUGCUUAAUGCAGUCAUCCACGAGACUUUGCGUCUGUAUUGCGCUGUGCCCGGCAGUCUUCCUCGAGUCGUGCCCGAAGGUGGCGCGACGCUGGAUGGAUACUUUGUUCCUCCAGGCACAACAGUCAGCACACAAGCCUACACGAUGCACAGAGACGGAAACCUCUGGCCAAACGCCCAAGUUGUCCAAUCGACUUCUUUGCUAAACACUUCUAUCGCAGANUUCGACCCCACCCGCUGGCUCGAGGGCAAAGAACAGAGUGCAGCGGCCAAGAGCACAUUCUGCGCUUUUGGCGCAGGUGCAUACAGUUGUCUCGGCAUCAAUCUUGCUUGGAUGGAAUUGAGAUAUGCUACUGCCUUUCUCUUUCGCGAGUGUAAGGGUAUGCGUAUUGCUCCGAGCAUGGCUGCGGAUUGCAUGGACUUGGAGAAUUACUUUGUCAUUGUGCCCAAGGGACACAAAUGCGAGGUCACUCUGCAGUAG